UGUGGAUUCUGCAGCGGGUGGAGAGACUGGGGGGGCUCCGAGUCACGUGGCGCCUGCUCGUUUGCAUGUGGUUACCCAGAAUGCCUGGCGGCAGCCCCUCUUCCCCAGCACCCACCUCGUGGGCUCAGCGCUAGUCCCAGUCUCAAGGAGCCUGCUGUGGCCUUGGUGGGGCAGGGUUGUGCCAGGCAGGGGGCCGUGGGCUCGGACCCUGGCACCUGUCUGUGGGUAGGGUGCCCGCCCAUCGGUCCCCGAACCCCUCCCCCUUCCCCAUCUCUGACCUACCCCUUUCUACCUGCACUGACCCGUCCCCACCCGCCUUCGUGCUUCCUGUCCCCUACCCCGUCUCCUCCCACGCGCUGACCGCUGACCCCUCUCCAUUUACCCCAUCCCUGACCCUCCCCUUCUCCCUUGCACUGAUCCAUCAUCCGCAUCUCGGGCCCCGCCCCUACCCCCGCGCUGACCGCCGGCCCCGCCCCCAGGUUCCACGCGGGCGCGGCGGACGACGGCGGCGGCUACACGGUGGAGGUGAGCAUCAACGACUACCUGGACAUCUACUGCCCGCACUACGGGGCGCCACUGCCGCCGGCCGAGCGCAUGGAGCACUACGUGCUGUACAUGGUCAACGGCGAGGGCCACGCCUCCUGCGACCACCGGCAGCGCGGCUUCAAGCGCUGGGAGUGUAACCGGCCCGCGGCGCCCGGGGGGCCGCUCAAGUUCUCGGAGAAGUUCCAGCUCUUCACGCCCUUCUCGCUGGGCUUCGAGUUCCGCCCGGGCCAUGAGUACUACUACAUCUCUGCCACGCCCCCCAAUGCUGUGGACCGACCCUGCCUGCGGCUAAAGGUUUACGUGCGACCGACCAAUGAGACCCUGUAUGAGGCCCCCGAGCCCAUCUUCACCAGCAAUAACUCAUGCAGCGGCCUGCGCAGCUGCCAGCUCUUCCUCAGCACCGUCCCCGUGCUGUGGACCCUCCUGGGCUCCUAGUACCCAAUGGGACGUUGGCCCCGCCCUGAUGGCCCGCCUCCGAGACCAAAUAGAGACGCCGCUUCUCCCACGACUGGUGCUGCUUCGCCGGGCAGGGGGCCGUCCACCCGCCCCAGGGCUGGAGGGGGGUGAGGGCCGCCGAGGUCCCCCCACCCCGUGCCAAAGGGGCCGGGUGUCUGCUCAGCUGGCCAUGCUGUCUUGUCCGGGGGACCUGCUGAACCCUGGGAUCUCUUGGUGACGUUGGUUUCUGUUUUUGCUUUUUAAGUGUAUUUUUCAUGGUUGCAUCAGAAAGACUUGAGCUUUUAAUUUAAUUUAUUCCUUGCUGUCAUCUGUGACUUUGGGAAGGAAACAGAAUAGACAGACGGGGCAGGGGUCCCUGGCCCCCUUGAGGGGAGGGGGAUUGGGGCACCCCUGGCCUGGUCACUCCAUUUAUUGGGUCCUGGGUGGAGGCAACCAUGGAAUGGAACCCCAGGUGCCAUGGGACAGGCUGGCCUGAGGCAGAAGGGGUGGGUGGUGAGUCCCCCCGAUUCUGGUCCGGGGCCCUCAGACCCCUGUCCUGCCAGCUCUACCCUCCUCCCUCCUGGUGAUUGUCUCCUAGAGCAGAAAACCACGGGGUUUCACCAGCAGCCACCAUGGAGCCCCGGCACCCUCAAAAUCAUAGCAUUACAACGUCUUAGAGAUGACGUAGGCCCCACCUGUCCCCCCAGCCUCACACAGUCGCCCCCGAGACCGAGAAGACAUUAUAUUUCUGUAAAUAGAGCCAGCAAGUAUAUACUGUGAUUUAUUUUUACUGUAUUCCUGAGGAUGGACUGGAAUGUUUCUUUUUCUCUCACCCCUUCAUGGGGGGGGGGCUUUUAUUUUGAUGGGGGGGGUUGGGGUAGACUUUUUAGCGUAGAAGCCGCACUUCAAAAUAAGCUCCUUUGUCUGUGAGACCCCCUUCCCUCUACCGUAUGACUAAUAAUGUUUGUAAGAAAAGGGAAAACAGGACAAAACAAAACGGGGGGGGCGGGGAACAUCACCACCAAAAAAGAGAUACCCCCUCCCCAAAACACUCUAAUGAAGUAAACAGCGCAUUUAUACAGAUUUCAUAUUUCUACCCGCCUUUCCUGAUCUGUGUUUUAUAUAUAUUAUAUAUAAAUAUAUAUGGCGUGUGGCCGCCGGGAGAUGGCUCGGGCACGCCAGUGGGGGACUUUUGUAGGGGUCGUGGGCGUGCGGCAUUGCCACGCCUGGAGCUGGCGACGGGCCCCGCCCCCCCAUCACAAUCAACUUUGGAUUCUGUAUUUUUUUAUAAUAAAAUAAGCGUAAGCAUC